GGGAGCCCUUUCGGGGAAUGAUGGGAACGAUGGGGAAGAUGGCGGCGUUGGCCGCUGAGCCGGGGGAGGAUGCUUUUCGGAAACUCUUCCGUUUCUAUCGGCAGAGCCGCCCCGGGACCGCCGAUCUGGGAGCAGUGAUCGACUUCACUCAGGCCUCCCCCGCGCGGGGCACCUGCCCCAAGGUAUUGAGUUCUCCACUAAGUGUGUCCUCGGUCAGUGAGCAAGAUGCAUGUAGAGCAGGACUUCAGCCAGUCAGCAAGUGGAAAGCCUAUGGCUUGGAAGGCUAUCCAGGAUUUAUUUUUAUCCCAAACCCCUUCCUCCCAGGUUAUCAACGUCACUGGGUGAAGCAGUGCCUUAAGCUUUACUCCAGAAAACCCAAUGUCUGUAAUCUGGACAAGCACAUGGUUGCAGAAGAGAUUCCGGAUCUCUGGGGACAGAGCCAGGAGCUCCUGAGAAAUAAAGAUGUGAACAAAAAGAAACCUCGAAGUUUGCUAGAAAAACUACGUUGGGUGACCCUGGGCUACCAUUACAACUGGGAUAAUAAGACAUAUUCAGCUGAUCACUACACGCCUUUCCCUUCAGACCUGGCUUACCUCACAAAACAAGUGGCUGCCGCAUGUGGAUUUCAGGACUUCCAAGCUGAGGCUGGAAUCCUCAAUUACUACCGAUUAGACUCUACUCUGGGAAUCCAUGUCGACAGAUCAGAAUUAGAUCACACCAAGCCUCUCCUGUCCUUUAGCUUUGGACAGUCUGCCAUCUUUCUUCUGGGUGGCCUCAAAAGAGAUGAAGUCCCCACAGCCAUGUUUAUGCACAGUGGAGACAUCAUGGUGAUGUCAGGAUUCAGCCGUCUGCUGAACCAUGCUGUCCCACGAGUCCUCCCAAAUUUUGAUGGAACAAGCCUGCCUCGUUGCCUGGAGGUACCACUCCCAGAUGCCUUACCUGCAGGUUCAGUUGCAGAACCCUGUUCUGUGGAAGACUGGCAAGUAUGUGCCAAAUAUCUGCAAACAGCUCGGGUUAACAUGACUGUGCGACAAGUGCUAGCCACUGGUCAAGACUGGGAGGACAAAGAAAUCAAGACCAUGAGUGAAAGUUCUUGCCACCUUGAUGAUAAAAAUAAUGAAGCAAAACGGGCCAGGAUGAACCCGAACAGUUGAGGUUUGGGAAACCCAGACACUUAGACAGGCCCUAUAAUGAGCAGUUGCAGUUUGUAUUGUCACGAGCUUCAUCUGGAGAAGUGGUGUGAAUCUUUCACUAGAAAAUAACAGGCCAGCUCAUCACUGAUUGCACAAGGACUGUGAAAACCUUUCAGAAAAAAUAGAUGCGGAUUUAUCAUUUUUAUGAAAAGCUCAUUUGACAUAUGAUACAUACUCCUUACAGACUUAUAAGCUUGAAUUCAGCCUAACUUUGUACAAUUGUCCAUGGAGAUAGAAAGCAUUCAAAAAACAGACUUCCUUUCAUGGCUGGUCCUCCAUUAUUUCUGGUGAUCAUGGCACAGAUAAACUUUCAUGUCUGUGGGACUUUGAGAUGCCACUGGUUUAGAUGAACAUUAAUUGCUGGAGAGAUUUACCCUUUCUGACUGGGAACCACUGAGAAAAAUUUGACCCUGUACCAUCCUUCAUCCCAUCUUCUUACCUCUUUAGAUUAUGCCUUAAUUUUCCCUUCCCUACCUACACUGCUGUUUUGGUUUUUCAAAGGAAAAUAGUACACAUACUAACAGUGAAGCUGUAAUUCUUAUCCUCCAAAAAAGAGAAAUUAAUCAGUAGCUAUCUUUCUUGCCCAUGAAACAAAUAUAUUUAAUCCAAGAAAAGGAAGUAGCAGGUUUUUUAAAAACACAUUUUCUUUAGAACUCCUGACUCUUUUCUGUCAGCCUUUUAAAUACAAUUUUAAUUGUUGAAAUGAAAUUCCAAGUCCUAGAGGUGUUUUGUCACUGUUUUCUCCAUGAAUAAACCGAGUCUUUUAAAUUAAA